AUGUCACCAGAUUCAACAGAAAACCAUGUACGUAAGAGACGUAAUCGUCGCACAGUUGUCUGCUCAAAUUGUAGAAAGAGGAAGAGUAAAUGUGACAAAAAAAAUCCAUGUAAUACCUGUACCAAAUAUGGUGAUACCGCUACAUGUACAUAUGUAACUCCUACGGUUACUGCGGUUGGGAAGACAGGGAUUACCAAAAAUAAGAUUAAAGAUCGUCAACUUAAAAAGGAAAGAUCAUCAUCUUACAUAGCGCUAGGUUCUUCGAUGCCUAUUAAUAUAUUAGAAUCAUCAUCAGCGACUCACAAUUCUUCCCAAAGGACAACAUCUAAUGAAACCCGUGUUCCAAAUUUAAUUCAAGAUCAAAUGUCAGAAAUUACACCAACUAAUGUGAUACCCAUUGCACUUGACGGUCAUAGUGUUGAUUUUGUUGAUUUCAUUCCCUCAGGUCAUUAUCUAGAAACUAAGAGAUCUGCUACAACUAUAUUCUCAUUAUUUACCGAUAUAUCAAUGGAACAUCGUGAUCCAUACUUAACAAAUAUGAUUAGGUUCAGAAGUAUAGCAAUUAAGAAAACGAUGAAUAAAUUUCAAGAGACUACGAAAAUAAAAGGUAUUAAUCCAAAUUUGCCAAAUUCCUUUAUUCCAUUAUCAACAUUUGAUAGAGACGAUAUAGAAACAAAUAAAAGGAAUGAUCCAACAUCGGGUAAUUUCUCUAGAUAUCAUAAACAACUUUUUGAAAAAUUUGCCAAAUAUAGAAAGGAUUCUAAGAUGAAACGUCCAGACGAAGAAUAUCUAACCGAUAUCAUCUUACCAGAUAAAGAAUUAUUUAAAAAUGAAAUUAUACCCAUAUUUACAACUCAUAUUUUACACAUGAUGCCAUUUAUUAAUAUUGAGGUUCUGCAACGUGAAAUUGAUACAUUGUACGAAGAUGUUGAACAAAACAAGAAGCUUGAUAUUAAGAAAUUCGAUCAUAUGGUUUAUUCCAUCGUACUUCUAAUUACAAUUCUUGUUCAAUUAUCACUAAAAUUCCAGAAAACCUCCUUAACUUUGUUUACUAAUGUGCUUGCGUUGGAUACAACCAGAUAUAUUGCAAUUAUAAGUCAUUUCCUGUUUCAAAUGAAAGUACUUCGAAAAUGUACCCUAUUACAAUUAUACUGUUUAAUGCUACUUCGUUUCUAUUUUUGGUGUGCUCCUGAGGAUGGAGAUGGGACGGAAGCUCAACAUAAUAGAGUGUUAAUGGGUACCAUUAUAUCAAGUGCCAAAGAAAUGGGUAUAAAUUGGAGUUGUUUCUCUAAUGAGAAGUAUUUUUUUAAGAUAGCUGAUGGAACACGACCUUCUCUAGAAUAUAUGAAACCAGAUGAUUACAAAGAGGUCUUUAGAUCAAUGUGGGCUGUCAUUCUGUUUUGGGAUAGAAAGAUGGGUCUUAUUAAUGGUCAAGAAUGUUUUAUUGGGAAGACUUUCCCUGUUGAUUUAGGUAAAUUAGAACAUCUUCCUUCGUGGUACACGAGAGUUGUCUACAUUGAUUCAUUGCUCUUAAAGAUUAAUGAUAUAAUUAAUGGCAAUCCGUCUCACAUAAAUAUCAAUAUGCUCGAAACAUACUAUAAUCAGGUAUCCAAUGAGCACAUGAAUUUGAAAGCUUCAGACAAUAAAGGUCCCUUCCAAUUUACGAAUGCUCUCGAUUUUGAAUUUGAAUGGAUGUUAGAUUUAUUUAAAUUAUCUAUAACCCAUGCAAAGAUGAUUUCUUAUGAAUAUAGUAUAAAUGUUGUGAAAUAUCAUGAAUCAGCUCAACAAUUAUGGGAUCAAUUGGUUAUUAUUGCUCAAAAAUGUUAUAUUUACUUCUAUGAGUCCCAUAAAUUGAACAUAAACCCUUUCAAUCAAUUUUACAGUAAUAGAAUUGUUGAAAUUAUUUCUAACAAACUAUGUGUUUUGAUUCCUGCUUUUAUUUUGCGUUUUAGUAGAAUGAGUGAAUCAUUCGAAACUAGGAAAUUACUUUGUAAAUUCUUUUUCGCUGUGGCAUCCAUGUAUUUCAAUGAAUUUUCUGCCGACUAUUAUAGAUGUUUCAGGAAGAUGUUUACUGCAAAAAUUGUGUAUAAGAUUUUGGAUCGACCAGAGGAUAGAGAUCCUUGGGAAAUUAUAUUGAGAUUUCUUGUCGGUGAACUAAAUUCUUCUAAACAACAUGGUGAAGAAGGUGAUAGCAAGAGAUGUACUUCGCUAAAGGAUUUAGUUCCUCUUGUUAGCGAAAUGUCUACAUUUUAUGAAAAUGAUCCUGAUUUAAAAAGUAGAACUGAUUUUGUUGAAAAAUGGAACAAUGAAAUUUAUCCCAUUGGUAAAUUUGACACAAAUUUUUCAAUGAAUUUUCGUGAAGAAAUUUUGACAUUAUUUUUAGAUGAUCGUUAUCCCAAAGGGUUUAAUCUUUUUGCCUCAUUUUAUGAUAAUACAAGUUGCAAAUUAUCAGAAGAUGUAGAUAGUAGUUUAAAACCGAAGACUGAUGAUCAAAAAAUUGUUAGAACACCUGGUGCAUUGUUUUCUAUUGGUAAUACUGAGUCCCCACUCUUCGAUUCCACAUCUAUAUCCACAAGGAGUGGAAAUUCUACUAGUGGUGUAGGGUCAUCUACAGCAUGUUCGCCAGGUUUAGGUAGUCUAAACACUGAAGAAUAUAAUCAACUAAUGGAUAGACAAUUUAGUAAUUUAGAUUUAUUGGAUGAUAUAUUUGAUCCUUUAGAUUUUAUUUCUUAUUUUAAUUGA